AGAUCGAUGGUGAAACCUUCUGCUACUGAGAAUGAAGCAGCAGAGAGAAGCGACUCUACUAGGUACAAGGGAGUAAGAAAGAGGAAAUGGGGGAAAUGGGUAUCAGAAAUCAGACUACCAAACAGCAGGGAAAGGAUAUGGCUAGGCUCUUACGAAACCCCAGAGAAAGCAGCAAGGGCAUUCGAUGCUGCUCUAUUCUGCUUGCGCGGUCGCAACGCCAAUUUCAAUUUCCCCCACAGCCCUCCUCAGAUUCCCUGUGCUGAGUCCCUCUCACACACUCAAAUUCGAGCUGCUGCCGCAAGGUUUGCAAAUGAGACACAAUCACAGCCGCAAGAUCGAGAUCCUCCUCAUUACUUACCCACGUCUGAUUAUGCAUCUCCGUCGUCGACCUCCGAUGGGGCAGCAGCGGCGGGGAGCGAUGUUUCCAUCGACUGGUCGUGCUUCGAUUUGUUUCCGUCGUUGGGACAUGGCGAAGGAAUGUCCGAUUUCGGAGGGUUUUCUGAGAUUCCAGAUUACUCUACCCAGUACUUUCCGCCGCCGCAACCAAAUUUUACUACCACUUCUGCUACUGCAACUGCAACUUUUGAUGUAGUUGACGACGAUGGAGUGGACAAUGGCUCUGGAGUCCAUUCUCAUCCUUCAUAUCUCUGGAACUUCUGA